GCUUUGCAUUUUGGCUGCCCCGUACCAGCAUGAGAAACACUUUUAACCUUAACACCUAGCCGCGCUGCUAAUGUUAGCUGAAGCGGGGUUUUUUCUUCACUUAAUCUUAAUUUGGCGAGCUAAUGGAUGUAGCAUUAAUGUUAGGAGCUAGCUUCAUGUUGUGGGUAAACAAGGCGGGCUGCUUUGUCUGUUAAGAGCUGUAACGUUAGCACACCUAAAGGGCAGAUGGCUAAUAUUAGCCCAAAGGCUUUCUUAAACUUUUACCCCUCUGUGCCGCCGGCUAACACACGGCUACAUGCUAAGUGGGUGUGUAAGCAGGGUAACAUAAGCUCACUGUUAUAACAACAAACCACAUGGCUGGAGAAUUAAACUUUUAAGGUUGGCCACCUGUCCCUCCCGCUCUCUAUAAUGCCCCAGUGUUUGCAGCAUCUGCAGUGAACGUGAUGGCAGCCCAGUCGGUCUCCAUAGACAAGUACCCAAAGGGAGAGCAGCAGAUACAAAUCGUGAAGGUGGACAGCGAUACGGAGCAGAAGUUUAUCGAGGAGACGUUGGCAGAGGCGCCGAGCCCGGAACCAACAGAGCCGCAGACACCCAUGGACGCGGAUAAAGCCUCCAUAUACCGGCACCCCUUGUUCCCUCUGUUGGCCCUGCUGUUUGAGAAGUGUGAACAGUCCACGAUGAGCUCAGACUGCAUCACCUCGGCCAGCUUCGAUGUGGACAUCGAGAACUUUGUCCGCUGUCAGGAGAAGGAGGGGAAACCCUUCUUCAGCGAGGACCCCGAACUUGACAACCUGAUGGUGAAAGCCAUCCAGGUGCUGCGGAUCCACCUGCUGGAGCUGGAGAAGGUGAGCGACCUGUGUAAGGACUUCUGCAGCCGCUACAUCGCCUGUCUCAAGACCAAGAUGAACAGUGAGACUCUGCUGAGUGGAGACCCGGGAAGCCCCUACUCCCCCGUCCAAGGCCAGGCCCCCAGCUUCUCCCCCAUCAAGACUCAGACCCCCAGCUCCAUCUCGGGGACCAUCAGUCCUCAAGGUCAGAUCAUGGUGCAAGCGUCGGCUCUGCAACAAGGGAAUGUUACCGUGACAGCGGUUAACCCCGCCCAGGUGGUCGCAGGUAUGUCACCAUGGCAUACAACCCCUUCCUCAGGUGGCACGGUGUACCAGCCUGUUACAGUCGUCACUCCACAGGGCCAGGUGGUAACACAGGCGCUCUCUCCGGGGACAAUACGUGUCCAAAACAAUCAGCUCCAGCUGCAGUUCCACCAGGACCUGAACCUCUUCAAUCACGACGACAACUCAACCAAGAACAAACGUGGAGUUCUACCCAAACAAGCCACCAACGUCAUGCGCUCGUGGCUCUUCCAGCACAUCGGGCAUCCGUAUCCGACAGAGGACGAGAAGAAACAGAUCGCCACUCAGACAAACCUGACACUUCUGCAGGUCAACAACUGGUUUAUAAAUGCACGGAGGCGGAUCCUGCAGCCCAUGUUGGACGCCAGCUCGUCUGAGACGCCAAAAACCAAGAAGAAGACUCCUCAGAACCGACCUCUGCAGCGCUUUUGGCCCGACUCCAUCGCUGGAGGAGGGACUCACCAGCAGGUUACCAUGCCAGACGGUACUAUGGUGACGAUGAACGUGGAGGGUCUACAGAGCCUGACGUCAGACGGCGCCACGCUGGCGGUGCAGCAGGUGAUGAUGGGGGGCCACAGCGAGGACGAGUCGGGAGACAGCCUAGACGAGGACGAUGACGCGGACAUGGCUGGGCUGGGCCUGGACAACAGCGACUCGUUGCAGUAGAGGACACGCUCCUUCACACUCUGAUCUACACACAACAUGCGCCAAGCGAGUCUCCAGAACACGCACACACACACACACACACACACACACACACACACAGAGCACAAAUCUACAGGACGUCCCGGGAACGCUCCUGCACUCUUCCAACCCUCCACCCUGCUGAACGGGCAGUUAACCCUGCGUGUGUGUACAUCACGAGUUUCAUUUGAGAAACCCGUUUUUUAAUUAUUUGGUUGACGUAUGCGAGUGCACUUUUUUUGUAUAUUUAAGCUCAAAAAGAUUAAAUCAAACAUAUGGAAGAAGAAAAAAAAAAAGUGUUAAAAAACACCCGAAACAAGUUUGUAUGCUCCGUUAUUAAAUGUCGACUGAGUUGUUUUCUCGGCCCCUCGCCCCCCCCUCCCUGAGUUGAAUUCUCUUUUUGGAUGCCAACACUUUUAAGUCGUACCUGUGAGGGUUUGUCUUCACUUUUUUGCAUGCUUGUGUUUCGAGUAGAUGUGCGCACUCUCACGGCGGGCUCCGCGGCUCUCGCACGGGGCCGACGCGGAGACAUUUUGGGGGGGGGGAGGAAAAAAAAUGGAGAGAUGCUUAUUUUUAUAUACAAACAUAUGUAAUUAGUGUUUUUGUUCCAUUUUGUUGUGUUCUCCUGUUUUGUAAGGAAUAUUUAUGUACAGAUUCAUAAGUAAGAUUAGCGACUCUGUUUUCCAGGGUUCUUUGAAGUUUUCUAAAAAUAGAAAAAAAAGGAAUUUGAAAGCUGAUGAAAAAUUUGCUAUUUAAAUUGGUUUUAAACGAUACUAACAAGGCCUUACGCGUUUUUCUUUUCUAAACAAUUCUUGCCAAGAAGCACAAAAAAGAACGUCCGACCCUCUCCUCGGGGUCACACGGGUCAAAAUGACACUAAAGUGCAGAACGUGUGCGUGGCGUUCAUCGUGUUGUCUCUAUGUUGUGUAAAAGUUACCUGAAGACGUCUGACACAGUUCAGCUGACUGUGGGGCUCAGACUUUUUUAAAACGCAGCUCCAGUUUUACCGUCAUUGUGUAUAUCAUUCAGUGCGUCUUUUUAAUCAUUUUAGUAGCUUAGGCGUCACUUUCUCAAAUGCACAAUCCAGAACACUAUGCUAACCACACAAUCACGAGGGUCAGACGUGGACGGUCAGACGCUGAGGGUCAGACGCUGAGGGUCUGACGUGGAAACCCAUCAUCAACAACAAGAAGCAGCAGUGGACUCUUUGCACGCAUUAAACUUUUAUUUAUGUACAUGCUACUGCGCUGAAAACAAAGAGCAGUUUGGAAAAGCUGGACUCGUCGUUGGUGGGCUGCCUGAAGGACCGGGACUGAAGCUCUGCAGCCUCCGCGCCCCCCCCCCCUUCCGCCGCCACUACACACACACACACACAUGUAGUGAAAGCAUUGGAAAUCUUUAUCAGUGUGUUGAUAUUUCUGCACAAGCUGGGUGGCCUCUUGUUUGAAUAUCUGUAACAUUGUACUGUACAACAGUCGUCUGUCAAUAGUUUGAGUGAUCUGGUUUAUAUCCCUCUUGUAAAGUUGAGACUUGAAAUAUGAAGCAGCCGAGGGGAGGCGGGUGUUAGUGUU